AUGUCUGGCGGUGACGAGCAGGGUUUUGAUGUCCGGUAUCGCGACCCGCCUCCGUUUGGGCGACAAUCGUCGGCUCCGGUAUUUGGCCAAUCUGUCAAUGGUCACACUACCACUUCUUUAGGUGACUCGCCGACCGUCUCUUUCUCCCCCCAGGCACAAUCAUCGACCACGUAUUCUCCACUACCGUCGGGCUUCAUUCGAUCCCAUAAUCCCUCCACUUCCACGGAUCAUCUGUCGAGCGAUCAAUUGGAAGACCGUAGAGGGGAGUCUCCAGACCCUGCUGACUAUUAUCGCCAGCGUGGAUCCCUGCCAGGAACUUCAUCCAAUGUAAGAGAGGGGUUCGGCGAUGUAAGAACGGGCAUGGCUGCGGCCGAUUAUCCUGCAGUCGGUGACAAAGUGUCACCCCUGCCAACAAACAUGUUGGAGUCAUCGCGUGUUAGACGUCAACCAUAUCGUUCAACAUCAGAUUCUCCAACAUUAGGAGCUCCCUCGGCCAACAUACCCCCAUUACAUACGAACGCAAGGUCACGGCAGCCCUCAUUCAAAGAUCUUGUCAACAAGUUCAACAAAACCUCUGAUCAGAUCCUCCCUUUGCCCUCUAUUUCUCGUCCAAUCUCAAGGGCACCGAGCCCUUCCGGAAGUGUUGACGGAGAGCGAAAUCGGGUGUUACCACGGCAUCGUCAGUAUCGUGAUUCUCUACCAGAGUCAAUCACCAGCAAUCCUCGAGCGCUAGUUGAUUCGACCCCAUCGUCGCCAGAGACAGAUAGAUUCGGUCCACCCCUAGGCACAAAGAGUGUUAUUCCGCCGCCUCUGUUCCAACGGACCACAGAGUCCCAUCCUCAUCGGCCAUUAUUUGAUGAACUGUUGCCAAUCAACACACAAUUGAACAACGGAGUCAUAUCGCGUCUACAACAACGCCGCGGGUCGGAUGGAAGCCUUCCAAGCCCAAACCCGGCCUUCCUUGACCAUCGCGAUCGAUAUCCCACAAAAACACCACUCACACCUACUGCAUGGUAUCUUGGACACACAACUUCUUUGGAGGCAGUUCACGCUGGGAUAAAUACCACUGGCAAACAUCGCCGGGUUCAAAGUGACUUGGAUAAAACAAGAGAACCCCUUGCAGAACCGUGGAAUCCUGAAAUGGCCGUACCCGCGCCCUUGCUGCGGACCAAGCCCGAUCAUGGAUCGCCCCCGGGCAGUCCAAAUUCCAAGUCUCGCAUUCCUGUCUCCUCGCACCGUCUCGUCACUGCUUCCGGUCCCGAAAGCUUAUCACCAUCCUCCAAUCCAACCUUCAGCAGCCGAUCCGCCGCCAUUACCUCGCCGCCCAAGGGCAGUAGCCGCCUUCCUAUUCCGUCAGCUAAACAAAGUCCUCACCGCAUGCCAGCAGAUGAUCCCGCUUCGUUCGCGACAACCUCGCGUGGUAGGCGGGAUCUAGCAAUCGGCCGAACACGCAAUCAAUUGUCCGAAUCCAGUCGGCGACUUCAGGCCUACAUCGCUGAGCCACCACCUAAAAAGUCGCCUACGUUGCGCAGUUCACGACCCCGACAACCCGUUUCACAUGAUGCCGCGGUCUCUCCACGCUCCAAAAUCGGAGAUAGAGUUUUAAAUUUACAGAAACACGCCACCCACAGUGACUCGCGGUCUCGUCCUGAUCGAAAAUUACCUGAAUUGGGUAAGGUUGAUUUUGACGCUCGUCGCCGGCACAUUCAACAGGCAAUCAACCGACAUUCAAGCAACCCAGGCGUUCAAGGGAACCAGAAUGACAGAGGACCGGACAGAUCAGCUGCUGCAAAGCUUCGACGUCACGCUUUGGUGCGAGAGCAGGAGACACAUAAAGAUUCCAAGCAAUUGAUGGAUGAACCUACAAUUACCCCUAACCCGCCUGUAACCAACGCCCCGAAAUCCGAUGAGAUGGCUACGAUGAUCAAAGAGUCGACCGGUUCGGUUGAUUACAAGGAAAAUAGGGCUCAAGCCGUUCCUAGGCUGCAUCUCAACACUGCCUUGCCGGCUUCGGAUAUGGCAGCGCCACACACAACAAUGGACUCUCCAACUCUUGGCCUCCCACAGGGUGUGAAUUCAACCACUUCGGGUGAGGGACGGCCUACCAAUGAAGACACGACACACUCGGGUGCCGCAUCGGACUCCGACGGUACCCAUGUCACUACUUUUGAUCCUGAGCCGCAGUCCGGGCUGCUGCUGCGCAAUCCCAGCGUUUCUCAUCGAACUAUUCUGGAACAAAUAAUGCAAAUCCGCGGGUCCAGUCCGAGUGACGACUCAUGCGACGAACCUGAUUGCAGUCUUUCAGAGAACGACGACAGAGAGUCCAUCCAGAUUAUGCUUGGAGAUACGACCUACUACAACUCGUCUAGUAGCACCAAUACUCAAGAGCCUGAGCGUGUAUCAAUGAACCAGGCUCAAAAUGGGACUCAUCUUCACAACCGAUGGAGUAUGAGUUCAUGGUCCUCUGGACAAAACCAACAUUCCACCUGUGACGAGCAGUGUGACGAGAGUGGAGAUGAUUAUCUCCUACAAGGCCGUGAAACAGAACCACCAACUGAAACUUGUUCAGCUGUCUCAACAAGGCCAGCUUCAAUAGCGGACGAUGAACCACCCGCUCCAAUUCAGGACCACGGCGUAAUGGGACCGAAUACACUUCAGACAUCUGAGCAGUUUCGAUCCAAUGCCUUCUCUACUCCACCAAGCUUGGCUAGAUUGGGCAGAUGGGAUUCGAAGCGUGUCACUCAGCUCUACCUGGAGGAGUUGACGCGAGGCAGGAGCCACCACCCUGGCUCAUCAAUCCACCCCUCAUCCGAGCCUCGAUCUCAUCCCACUGAUACACGUACAGAUGGGCGACCCGAUAGUCUGACUGACGAUCCAGUUGUCGUUCCAGGAUUCAAGGAUUUCCAGACAUCAGAUAGACUCUCACACGCGGCUAGUUUGGUUGGGCGUGAUGAUUGGGAACAUGCAUCUCCUUCCAUCAUGGACUGGAUGCAGGUCGCGGCUGAAGAUGAGGUUUUGACCCCUAACACCGAAACCGAUGGCAUGCGUACUGAAGGGGUGCUCACACCCCGUCUGGUACCUUCGGCACACCACGACGCUGGUACAUCAAGUACGAAUAAUGGCCUUGGAGUCUCCGUUGAUAUCCAAGCUUCCAACGAGCAGACUCAGUCUCAUGUUUAUUCUUCAUCGGCAUUCAUCCCGCCCUCAACAACGCCCCCAGCCGAUAAUGAGCCUCUUGGAGGUCAGCCAUCGGGAUACGUUGGACUCAAUCGCAGUACGCAGGCUGCUCCUAGAGGUCUGGGACACAGCCCGGGUAGCAGUCAGGACUCUUCUUUCCGAAAUUUGGAGUCUAUUCAAUCUACUGUGGCCGCUGACUCCUCCGCUACUUCACUUGUUCCGUCCACCGAGCAAACCUUCCGUGUUGAGCCGAAGGACUCGCCUUCUCCAGAACAACGACGUCUCAAGAAGCGGCGCCACAUAAUCAAAGAACUUGUUGAUACGGAACAUACCUUUGGUCAUGAUAUGAUAAUCAUUGAGGACAUCUACAAAAGGACCUCGCUCACGGUUUUAGAUCCUGAUGAUGUCAAGGUUCUCUUCGGCAAUUCCGAUCAGGUCGCGGCCUUCUCCGACAAGUUCUUGUAUGAUCUUAAGCAAGCAGCACAAAGCGUCUACGUCAUACCAAAGGCUUUGCGAUGGACCAGCAAGCGAAAGCGUAACAAUCAGCCUGCCGAAUCCACAACCCCAGAAUCCGAUGAAGUAACCGAGCUUGCAGGAAUGUCGGAGCUUGAAAAGGAUCGCGCGACCUCUGUUGGUCAGAUUUUUGUUACCCACAUGACGCAGAUGGAAAAGGUGUACACCGACUACUUGAAGAACCAUGAUGCCGCAAACAAGAAACUUCAGAUCGUGCAGCGUAGUCCAAAAGUGGGCUUUUGGCUGAGCGAAUGUCAGAAGGGUGCUAUGGAUCUCACGACCGCCUGGGAUUUGGACUCUUUGCUCGUUAAACCAGUGCAAAGGAUCUUGAAGUAUCCCCUUAUUCUCCGCGACCUAUUGGAGUCAACGCCAAACGACCACCCGGACCGAGCGGCAAUUGCCAAUGCCCUGGAAGAGGUGACAAAUGUUUCUCAUCGUAUCAACGAGCUGAAAAAACGAGUAGACCUUGUUGGUCAAGCUGUCGGUCGAAAGCGCAACCAGUCCGAUGUGCGUACCGGUCUUUCUAAAGCCUUUGGUCGCCGCACGGAGAAAUUCAGACAACAAGUUGGCCUCUCCGACUUGUUUGAAGACAAAACCUAUGAUUCACUAGCGCAGAAACUUAGCGACGGCUAUUUUCAGUUGCAGGUUGUCAUGCGUGACGCUGAGAGUUACUCCCGGGAUGUGCAGCUCUAUGUGAAUCAGUUCAAUGAGUAUGCCGAUUCGAUCGAAGAGAUUAUUGGCAUGUCGCCUUCUCCAUAUCCACAGUUGGAGAGCAAGUGGCAUCAGUUCAAGAUGACAGUUCAGGAACUUGUGUCGACUGCUCUGCCAGAACAUCUCGCUGUCGUCCGCAAAACGGUCAUCGAUCCGAUGGUUGAAUUACUAGGACUUUACAACGCACCCCAGCGAGUCAUGCGGAAGCGCGACAAGCGACUCCCGGAGUAUGCACGCUACAAAGCCAUCAAAGACCGCGGCGACAAACCGGAUAAGAAGACCAUCGAGCAGGGCGAGCAGUUCCUAGCUUUGAACGAUACUUUGAAGGAUGAAUUGCCUAAACUAUAUGCAUUGACUUCCAAACUGAUGGCGGCGUGUCUGAAGAACUUUGUCGAAAUUCAAACUGUGUGGUACAGUGUUCUACAGAAAAAGAUUGGUGCUCAUGUGGAAUUAUUCCCCAAUGACCUCGACAGGCUCAUCAGCGACUUCAAUAGUGAUCACACUUUGAUGGAGGCACGAAUGGGGGAGCUAAGCUCCUGCAAUGGGUCGAUGGUGGCUCAUUCGCUCAAUUUGGUCCCCCUUUCGCCCAGUGAGCAGCAAAACCCCAUGUCGCCUCGCCGUCCUUCUACGGUGAACAGCUCAAAUGCGCGACCUGGGUCUAUGACUGAUGAUUCACCAAACAUGUCCCGGGAUUUCAGCGUCGGCAGCCAAUCAUUCCAGUCUCCCCAGAUGGAAAGCCACUCUAGCCGUAGCAGCCGCUACCGGGCUGAUUCCAUUCUAUCUGGCCGAAUGGUCCCAGACACCCCCGGCCAACUGCUGCAACAAGUCACCAGCUCCCCCGCCCCGGUCAGGGCCAGCGACAUCGAGCCUUUCCCAAGCCUACCGAGACUCAGUCUAGACACACCUUUCCUCGAGGAUGUGAUCAACAGCUCCUCGCACUCGAGCAAUGUGCCGACUUCCCCGACUGAUCGAUACUCGGGAUUCUUCUCGUCCGCCAUGCCCAUGUCGGAUGCCCCAAGUGAUACUGUCGUGGAUGGGCACCUUGAACGCAGCACCCCUCCUAUGGGCCCUGCGACGUUGUUCUGCGCGGCGAGUGUUUAUGACUUUAAUAUCGACACUCGCACCGAGGGCGGAUAUCCCUAUCUGAUCUACGCCUCCGGGGAUAUUUUCGACGUCAUAGGCGAGAAGGGCGAGCUCUGGCUUGCCCGUAAUCAGGACGAUGCCACCAGAACAGUUGGGUGGAUUUGGAACAAGCAUUUUGCCCGUCUCGGCAGCUGA